AUGACGCGCCUCACCUACACUCUCGACGAGAUCGAGGGCCCAUUCGAAGUCUCACCAGACGGGACCAUCAAGUUCGAGGAGAAAGAUGGAAUCGACUAUGCGGCAGUCACGGUUCAGCUGCCAGGAGGGGAAAGGGUCCCGUUUCUGUUCACCAUCAAGCAGCUCAUUGCCUCUGGAAAACCCGACAAUUUCAGUGGGGAGUUUUUGGUCCCUUCUUACCGUGGCUCGUCUUUCUUGGACCCCAAGGGAAGAGGCGGGUCAACGGGGUAUGACAAUGCGGUAGCAUUGCCAGCUGGCGGGAGGGGAGAUGAGGAGGAGCUCGAGAAGGAGAACAAUAAGAACGUGGCAUCUUUGACUGGGAAGAUUACCUUGAGCGUGACCAAGAGUAAGCCAGAGACUGGGGAAGUGAUUGGGGUGUUUGAGAGCGUGCAGCCUUCGGAUACUGAUUUGGGGUCAAAGGCCCCUAAGGAUGUUAAGAUCCAGGGGAUUUGGUAUGCGCAGCUCGACUCGUAA